AUGGCGUUUGCGAUCGAAGUUCCGGGAGAGGCAGCUCCUCUGAAUCCUCAACAGGUAUAUCUAGCCUUGCAAUCGGCAGGGUCCUCUCAACAGCAAGCUAUCCAAACUGGGACGCAACAGCUAGAAGCUUGGAAGACACAGAGAGGAUACUAUACUUUACUGCAGGCAGUAUAUCUCGAUAAGUCCCUACCCUCCGAAGUAAGAUAUCUUGCGGUCAUACAGUUGAAAAAUGGAAUCGAUAAAUAUUGGCGAAAGACAGCCCCAAAUGCUAUUACUGCGGAAGAGAAAGGAAAUAUUCGAUCACAUCUGCUAGAGAGUGGAUUCGAGGAAUCCGAUCCUCAACUUGCUUUACAAAAUGCUUUGGUGAUUUCGAAAGUAGUCCGAGUGGAUUAUCCUAUGGAUUGGCCGGAUGUCCUUACAGAUUUGAUUAGGAUGCUGCGAACUGCAAACGAAACAAAUCAACUUCAUCUACAAAGAGGAAUGUUGAUAUUACUACAGAUUGUGAAAGAGUUGGCUACCGCCCGAUUAAGGAGAUCUCAAACGAGUCUACAAUCAGUCAGGCCGGAGAUGGUAUUCUUGUUGAGCGGCAUUUAUACACAAAAGGUUUCACAAUGGCUUGGUCUCUUAACUGAGAACUCUUCAGGUGGUCAAGGGCUUGCUACAAAUGCUAUGGAAAACAGUUUGAUUGCGAUCAAAAUCCUUCGACGACUUCUUAUUGUGGGUUAUGAAUUCCCAAAUCAUGAUAAAGAUGUUCAACAAAUAUGGCAACAAUCGCAACAACAGUUUGGUCAACUCCUCCAAAUAGUAAAUGAAGAAUCCACAGUUUUGGCAUCUCCUGCUAAGGAACUAGCCGAAAAGCACCUCGUACAAUUUGCAAAACUACAUGUCCAAAUGUCAAAUACACAUCCUGCUGCUUUCGCACUCCUGCCUAAUUCUAUAGAUUUGGUAAGAGGAUAUUGGGGAUUUGUUUCUAAAUUUGGAGACUCUUAUGGAUCAGCAACACAAGAUUUCAGUGCCAAAGCGUUGGCAACCGAUGAUGGAUCAAAACAAGAUAGACCGAUCAUGGAAAAAUUAUGUCUAAAGGGUCUCACGCUAUUGCGAGCUUGUCUGAAGAUGGUAUUUAGCCCAACACAAUCCUUCAAAUACCGAACCACUGAGAUCAAGGAAGAACAGCGACAAGCUGUAGCAUUCCUCAAAUCGCAAUUGCUUUCUGAACAACUAAUAGCCGAAAUGGCAAGUGUUAUCGUUACUAAAUUCUUCGUCUUUCGUCAAGUCGAUUUAGAAGCUUGGGAAGAAGAUGAGGAUGAAUGGGAGAUACGUGAAGAAGGUGGUGGAGACACUUGGGAAUUUGAAGUCCGACCUUGUGCGGAAAAGCUAUUCAUGGACCUCGUCAUCAACUUCAAAGAUCUUCUAGUGGCACCAUUGUUACAAUACUUCCAAUCGGUUGCAGGUAGUAAUGGGCAAUCUGUUGUCACCAAGGACGCUGUGUAUACUGCCAUGGGAUUAUCUGCUGCUGUUAUACAUCAAAGCUUUGACUUCGAUACCUUCCUUACUUCAACUUUAGUUAAUGAUGUUCAACAAACCGGUCAAAGCUGGAAGGUACUUCGUCGACGAAUUGCUAUUCUACUCGGCCAAUGGAUUCCUGUCAGAAUAUCACAAGCUAAUAGACCAUUGGUAUAUCAAAUCUUUCAACACCUACUUAAAUCAGAAGAUGAAACCAAUGAUCAUGUUGUUCGCAUUACUGCAGCUCGUCAAUUUAAGGCGAUUGUCGAUGAUUUCGAAUUUCACGUUGAACCUUUUUUACCAUAUGCUCCUGAUAUUCUUGGUCGCACUAUGGCUUUAAUUCAAGAGGUUGAGAAUACGGAAACCAAAUUGGUAAUUUUGGAAACGAUCAGAAUGAUUGCUAUCAGGUUAGAAACUCAUAUCUCUCCAUAUGCAGAUCAAAUCGUUUCUAUUUUACCAGGUCUUUGGGAAGCUUCUGGGGAAGAACAUCUUCUGAAACAGGCCAUAUUAACAAUAAUGUCUACUCUUGUAUCUUGUAUGCAAGGUCAAUCUGAACGAUACCACUCGCUAAUCUUACCUCUAAUUCAACGCGCUGUGGAACCGGGUUCGGAAAUGCAAGUCUACCUUAUGGAAGAAGCUCUUGACUUGUGGGCACAAAUCCUCGCUCAAUCAUCAUCACCUGCAUCUCCCGAGGUUCUAGCCCUCAUCGAUUGCGCAUUUCCUCUACUUGAACUUGGUUCUGAUAAUCUCCGAGUCAUUCUUGGUAUCGUGAACGAAUAUAUUCUAUUGGCACCAGAAGCUAUGCUGGGUGAUGCGAAUCGACUCCGAAUUGUCUCAUAUAUGACCAAUUUAUUAGGAGUCACAAAACGCGAUCUCGCCGGCUUAGUCACAACAACGGUUGAGGGUUUAAUUCGUGCUGCUGAAAAAUUAGGUUCCAAUGGUGUUACACAAAUCACAAAAGAUCUCCACGAACGUGGGUAUACGGAAAAGAUCUUCUCGGGACUUCGCGAUGCUUGGGAAGCUCAUCAAACUACUGGUCCCGAGCGUAAAUAUCCCAAAUUAGAUGAUGUAGUUGAGACAGAUUACUUUACUAUACUGGCUCGUAUUGCAUUAGCAGAUCCUGCUGUCUUCGCUAAUCUCCUAAUGAGUAUUGACAAAAAAAUUGAAAAUAUCUGGAAAUGGUUAAGUGAAGAAUGGUUCCGUCAUUUUGACAGUAUGGCCAAUAUCGACAGACAAAAGUUGAGCUGCCUGGCUCUUACACGUCUUUUGGAAUUACCUUCUCCAAUGACGCCAAUCAUUCUUUCCAAACUUCAAGAUUUCUUCGCGAUGUGGACGAGUGUUAUUAGUGAGAUGAUGGCAGGGAGAGAUGACAUCGGAGGAGAUAAUUUGGUAUGGGGAGAACAACAAGUAUUUGAAGGGGAGACUCAGGAAGAUAAGAGGAAGAGAGAAUGGAAUAUGGUGGAUCCGGUUCAUAGGGUUAAUGCGUGGGAAUUUGUAAAGGCGAGAUUGGGCGAGGUGGUGAGAAUUUGUGGGGGAGAAGAAAUUUUCGAGAGGGAAUUCGCGAGUAAUGUUGAUAGAGAUGUAUUGGAGGGAUGGGGAAAGUUGGGAGAGAAGAGGGAGUUUGAUUAG